AUGUUGCCCCAAUCACGUGAGACCGAAAUGUCCCUGCAUCUCUCUGGAUGGCGGCGACGCUCGAAUUUUUUGAACAUUGAGCAUCCCAUCCCAUCCCUUCUUCCCCGACUGGCGCGCCUCCAUCAUUGCUCAGCGCAUCGCAUAAUAACCCAAGUCGUCUUCUCUGGCGCCCGGAUAAUAGGACGCGCCGUCUCCGAGUCGUACCGUCAGGCCGCUGCCUCCCAAAAAUUCGCCGCCGCAAACCAAAAGAAUGGAGGCGGUAGCUCGUUCGCCUCCUCCAACAUCACCAUGGAGGAAGCCUGCAAAAUCCUGAACGUCGGCCCGUCCAAGAUGGGCCAGAUAGAUUUGGAGUUUGUGUCGGAGCGAUUCAAGCGGCUGUUUGACCUGAAUGACCCGAAGAAGGGCGGUAGUUUCUACCUACAAAGCAAGAUAUUACGAGCAAGAGAGCGGAUCGAGCGCGAAGUCCAAGGAUACCAACGGAUGGCAGAAAGGGAGGCCGAGCUGAAGGAGGGAUUCCAACCAAAGUGGACCAAGGACUCCAAGAAAGAUGCUUGA